AGCGUGCAUCCCGUUGCUAUGGCAACUGUGGAAUUUCCGUGUGUUUAUGACGUCACAAAGAAGAGUUUACCAUUUGAGGAGCGUAGAAGGUCUGCAGUUGAGUGUUAAAGAGCUUAGACGAGUUUGAGGGAAGUUGUUUCUUACGAACACUGUAUACACACAUCAACUGAGUCUCUAGAUACAGACUAUAGACACAAACAGACAGUGAGUUUGAUAACUGUGCAUUAAGAACAGAUCUGUCAGUAUGAUAACUCCAGACACAGUGUCUAUAGUGGCGAGAGAGGUGCAUCUGGAGGUUUAUCUCAACGGCGUCUUCUACACCGGAGACGGUUCCUUUGCAUUAGAUGGUAAAGAUGUGCAGCUGGAGCUGGAGAUCACCGAUGCCAUCUAUGACCUUCUCGGCUUCAGCGGUAAUCAAGAGAUAGAUGUGAAGCUGCAGGUCAUGACGGAUGAACACAUCUCCGUCAGUUCCUGCAGUCCAGGAGAGAUGCACGUACAGCUGGAGACUGACGAGAAUGACCACAUCUCUGUCUGUGAGGUCAAAGAUCUGCAGCUGGAGAUGAGCAGGAACAGCAUCUCGGAGCUGAAGAGCCCUGAGCCGGUGUCUGAAGAUGAGAGCGAUCCAGUCCCAGCAGGAGCUUCAGGAGAACAAGCCCUGGAUGCAGAGGAGAACCGCUCAACAGAAAGCACUGCCGGGUGGAUGUUUGAGGAAAUGAGUGCAGUCUUCCAGACAAACGCAGUGAAUGCUGUUGGGGAACCUGAAGAGGAUCUGAUUGAUCCAAAGGAAUCCCAGUGUGUCCCAGAUCCAAGUGUUCCCGAGCCACAACUUGAAAUGGAUCUGGUCAAUAAAGAGCAAUUGUGUAUGACUGAACCUAAAGUGGAUCUGGUUGAGCCAGCUGUUUCUGAGCCAGAAGCUCAAGUCACAUCAGAUCUUUCAAGGUUGGAAAACCACAUCCCUCUAAACAUAUUCGAGCUGGAUGAUCGUUUGAGGGAAUGUACACUGUCCAUGACUCCAGUCUCUGAGGUCUGGCCCAGGGUCUUCAUUGGAAAUGAAGAGACAGCAAGGGACCGAGAUAAACUGAAGGAGAUGGGAAUCACACACAUCCUAAACGCUGCAGCCCCAAAGAAGAACCUGAAGUUCCUGUUGGGAAUGGCAAGAGAGAAAGACCUUCUAGGAACGGUCAAUACAGGGUCCAGAUAUUACAGAGGCUUGCACAUCAUGUACUGUGGCUUGCCUUCAUCGUACAGACACUGUUUUGAUAUCAGCAAGUACUUCAUGCCAGCUGCCAAAUUCAUUGAAAAGGCCUUGAGGAACCCAAUGAGUAAGGUGUUGAUUCACUGCACGCAGGGCCUUAGCCACUCGGUGACUCUGUUUCUGGCGUAUCUGAUGAUCUGUCAUGACAUGAUGGUUGAGGAGGCCAUCGAUCACGUCAUGAAGGUGAGACACAUCAGACCCUGGUUUGGUCAUCUGAGGAAGCUGCUGUUUCUCAACGCAGACCUUGUGCUGCAGAGAAAACUAAAGCUGCAGGGAAAAGAACCAGGGAGAAAGAUGCAAAAAUGGCAGAUAAAAACAAAAUAGAGCACAGAUAAAAGAGUGUACA